GUUCGUUUUUCGGUGAAAACAGACUAUUCCUAGGUGGCGUUGAACGGAGAUCGAGCGUCGGUUUGUGUUCUGCUGCGUGGGGUUGCAAGAAAAAUUCAAUGUCAUGGUGUUUACAGAUUUCUUAUUAAGAUGAAAAACAUAGAAGUAAAUGUUAAUGGCUGAAGUUCAUGUUAUUGGACAACUUAUUGGAGCUAGUGGAUUUCCCGACAAUAGAUUAUUCUGUAAAUGGGGAAUACAUUACAAUGGAGGAUGGAAAGUUCUAGAAGGUUUAACAGAAGGACAAACUCAAAUUGAUAAUCCACAAAAUGAAGAUACUGCUUACUGGUGUCAUCCUAUAGAUAUUCACUUUGCUACUAGGGGGCUUCAAGGCUGGCCAAAAUUUCAUUUUCAAGUUUGGCAUCAAGAUAGUUAUGGUCGUGUUGAACUCUGGGGAUAUGGCUUCUGUCAUGUACCAACUUCACCUGGAUUUCAUCAAUUAGAAUGUGUUACAUGGCGUCCAACUGGUUCUAUUCAUGAAGAAAUAAGUCAUUUUUUUCUUGGUGGUGGUUUAGAAUUAAAACAUUCUGAUAUCAUUUAUAAUGGUUUAGAUCGCUAUCAUUUACAAACAGUAGCUAUGGGUAAGGUGCAUUUGGAGAUAAAUAUCUUAGUAAGAAAUUUUGCAAAAUAUGGAGUUGAAAUUUUUGAAGAAAAUUCAACUGGAUUUAGUUUUGAAAGUAGCACAAUAGAUUCAAAAGUUGAAGAAACUCAGGAAAAAUCUACAUUUCCUACUUGCAGUUGUGAUUUAACUGCUUUUAGUUGUGAUGUUAAUUGUUGUUGUGAUGAAGAUUGUAAUGAAAUAGAUAAAAGUUCAUUUACUGAAUGUGCAUCUUCUGAAUUAAAUGAAGUAGAAGAAAAAUACUGUGUUUCUAAAGAAACUGUUUAUGUUGAUAAUAUUAAAAAUGGAGGAUGGAAAGUUCUAGAAGGUUUAACAGAAGGACAAACUCAAAUUGAUAAUCCACAAAAUGAAGAUACUGCUUACUGGUGUCAUCCUAUAGAUAUUCACUUUGCUACUAGGGGGCUUCAAGUUUGGCAUCAAGAUAGUUAUGGUCGUGUUGAACUCUGGGGAUAUGGCUUCUGUCAUGUACCAACUUCACCUGGAUUUCAUCAAUUAGAAUGUGUUACAUGGCGUCCAACUGGUUCUAUUCAUGAAGAAAUAAGUCAUUUUUUUCUUGGUGGUGGUUUAGAAUUAAAACAUUCUGAUAUCAUUUAUAAUGGUUUAGAUCGCUAUCAUUUACAAACAGUAGCUAUGGCAACAUAUUUGUUAACAAUGUUUAAUUUACAUUGUAUUUAUUAUUCACAAUCUUUUCUACAUUUGAAAUUGAUUAUAUGGUGGAUUUUUAUACUUAAAGGACAUAGUUUUACAAAUGAAAAUACUUCAUUAUAUUAUAAUAUCACAGCUCCAUAUAAAGAAAAUGCUACAGAAUUAAAUUAUGAAAAUAUAACUUUAAAUGAUACAUUAUAUAACAAUACACUAAUCUUUGUCAAUGUGACAAUUGAUACUGAAAAUUACACAGCAUUAUAUAAUGAAACUCCAUUUUCAAAUGAAAGCUUUUCAUUUAAUUCUAGUUUUGAAGAAAAUUCAACUGGAUUUAGUUUUGAAAGUAGCACAAUAGAUUCAAAAGUUGAAGAAACUCAGGAAAAAUCUACAUUUCCUACUUGCAGUUGUGAUUUAACUGCUUUUAGUUGUGAUGUUAAUUGUUGUUGUGAUGAAGAUUGUAAUGAAAUAGAUAAAAGUUCAUUUACUGAAUGUGCAUCUUCUGAAUUAAAUGAAGUAGAAGAAAAAUACUGUGUUUCUAAAGAAACUGUUUAUGUUGAUAAUAUUAAAAGUGAAAAAUUAAUAGAAAGAAAUGGCUUAUUAUGUAUUAUUAAAGAUAAUUUUGAGGAACGACAUAAAUAUUUGGAUCAAUCCAGUAUAGGAUCUAUAGAAGAAUUUAAAAAAAAAGUACCACAUCAAAGUUAUUCAUGGGUGUUAAAUAUACAUAAUAAUGAAGAGAACUUUGAAGACAGAUUUAAAGCUGGAAAACCUGUGUAUAUAAUCUCAAGGAAUGAAAAUAAAAUUAAACAAUGGUGGUUACCAGCAAAAUCAUUUAAUGGUGAUUGUAAGGCAACGAAAGUAUCCCGAUACAUGAUAGACGAGAAAGUCACCUGCCGACAAAUCAUACAUAAUAGUAAACAAGCUUGUUUGAAAAAUAAAUGGUUAAAUGCAAGAACUUUUUACAAAGACUUUUAUUUUUAUAUUCAUUCUGAAUUAAAUAAUGAUCAAAUAAAUGUAACAAAUAUAAACUUUACUAUAUCAAAAAAUGAAUCUAAUUUAGAUUUAUGUAUUUAUGGCAAUUCUUGUAUUCCAGUCACUCCAGCAGAAAACUAUAUUUGUAGAGAUUUUAAUGGAAUUUCUCAAAAUUGUUCUCUGGUUAAGAGAGAGAUUCUUUCACCCAAGCCUGGAAAUAAUGAUUUGUGUUUAAAUGUAGUUGUAAAGGUUGAAUAUAAUAUUAUACAUGAUGGAGUCAAUGGAAUUCAAGAAGUUAUAUUUAAUUGUGAAACUGAUACAUUAAACCUUACAAAAGGUAUAUUUACUCAACAAUUUGUUGUGAAUUAUAUAUGGAAGAAUAACAGAACUGUUUUCAGAAGAAGUGGAAACCCUGGUUACAUAAUGGGUCAGCCAAUAUUAGCUGGAAGUUUAGUAAAAACAUUUACAUCAAAACCUGUUAUACUAUUAAAUUCUGAUUCUGACUGGCUUACAAUAAUGGGUAAACAAUCCAAUGGUUAUUGUUCACCUAAAAAUGAAGAUAGAUUAUCUGUUAAAUUUGGAGAAAAUUUAAGAACUGGUUGUCUUUACAAAAUUAUUUACAAUAAUAAUAAUGCAAUGAACUGUUACUAUAUGCAGAAAUUAGUCAUGGAUGUGUUAAAUGGUUUAAAUUCACCCGAUCACGUGGGAGUUUUUGGAAAUGCAGAUAUUCAUAAUCUCGGCGACUGGGUCAAAAUACAUAGAGAAGGAGAGCCUACUUCUGAUUCUGAUGAUCAAAGUGAUAAUUUGUGUUCAAAUAUCAUUCUUGGGGCAGAUAUUAAAAUUGCUUAUGCAAAUAUAGGAUCGUUAGAUAAUCCACAACCAAAGAUAAUUGGUAUUAUUUAUCAAUACUCAAUGCCAGAAUAUAUACAUUUGCCAUGUUUUGAUUCGGCAUGUAAUAGCAUGAAUAUGCAUCUAGUGGAACUGAAAACCUCAGUUUCCUUUUAUGAUGUAUCUAAAUCCGUCCAUCCCAUGUAUGCCGAAAUCCCAAUAAUGAAGAUUAGUUUUCCUCACGAAUUCUUUUAUCCUUUUCUUUCUGGAUAUUCUGGAUCUAAUGCAAACAUGAUUUUUUGUAAUUUGUUGUUAAUUGUAUCAAUAUAUUUUAUUUGUUUGUUUGUGAUUUAUCUUUAAAUAUUAAUAUGUAUGUAUAUUUAAUGAACAUCAAAGUAUCUGCAUAUGUCAAGUGCCAUUUAGAACAUAUUUAUAUUGUUACUUUGCACAAAUUUAUACAAAGAUAUUUUACACAAAAUACUAUACAGUAUAUGGCAAAUUUAAUUUUUUAAUGAAAUGGAAAUUUAUAUGAAACAAUG